AUGGGUAAUACUCUUCUCCCCAGACAGCGUGGUACUCAAAAUGUUAAUCAAUCAGUCCAUGAGGCUGAAGAAAAUACCAAUCCCAAGGACAUCCAGAACGAUAGCAAGCUUAAAGAUUCUCCUGAAGGCGACAUUGGUCCAAACGCUGAAGUAUGGAAGAAGUAUGUGAUAGAGACAGAUCGGGCUGAUAAAGAGCUAGUCGAAGGAUGGAACAACUCUUUAGAUGUGCUCCUGAGUAAGUGGCAGAGACUCAUUCAUAGCGAUUCUUGGCUGACAUCCACGCUGUCCAGUAUUUCAGUAUCCACAGCGUUUAUACUCGAAAGCACAAAGGAUCUCAAGCCGGACUAUGCCGAGGUAUCCGCCCACACUCUAGCCGCCGUCCUGGCGGCGCUAUCACCCACGAACUCUGAUAACAGCUCUGACGUCCCGACUAUGGAUCAGUCCAACUUUGCUCCAACCGCCGCGGCUAUCCAGGUCAACAUCCUUUGGUUCACGUCGCUUAGCCUGAGCGUGGCUGUCGCACUGAUCGCCAUCGUUGCAAAGGACUGGUGCUACCAGUUCAUGGCCACAAGAACAGGGCCGAUGCUGAUACAAGGGCGGCGCAGACAGCUUCGAUGGCAAGGCAUCGAGCAGUGGAAGAUGCAGGAGAUACUGAACGUGCUGCCGCUGAUGAUGCACGCAGCCCUAUUACUCUUUGCGGUGGGACUGUCGCUGUACCUGUGGGACAUCAACCCUCAGGUUGCGCUUCCCGUGGUGGUGACCACCACUGCUGUGGGGGUGUUUUACUUUGUGACGCUACUCCUACCUCUAUUUUUCCGAUACUGUCCGUUCACCACCGGAGUGAUGAAGCUGUUCCUUCCAUACUGGUACACAGUGGCUGAGCCUGCGCUCUUGCCGGUGCUCGUGUUAUUUGGGUUGCUAGCUCUUCCAUUCGUUGCUGCAUUUGCAGUGAUAAAGCGAUGCUUGAAGGGAAGCCCAACACGAGGGUCAAAUCGGAAGUCUGAAGAUCAAAAGUCAGGUCUCCGUUGCUGGGCUGCUCAGCUUUCGUUCGACGGUUGCUGGAAGGAUUCUAUAAAGUUGGUUGGAGAACGUCUGGGAGAACUAUCCGAUAGCUUCAUGAAGGAUAGAUCCCAGCUAGACCACCAGAACACGCCCAUGGACGACACAACGAGCUCCAUGCUAGGCUGGAUGAUUGCUCAAUGCGAGAAUGUAGAAUCGGUCGACACUGCUCUCCAGGCCCUUCUAUGCGCCAAACCCUGGCUGCCUCGUCUCCCGCUCCAGACAUGUGGUGCACUUGAAGCUACGUUGACACGGCUGAGCACGGAUCUGGUUGCAUGGGUGAACACUAUGUACUCUAAUGGAGACGAAAGUAAGAAGCUGAGGAGAAGCGUGCUAGUACAGUCGCAGUGCUUGUCUAUGAUGAGCCAGACAGAGGAGAUCAAGCAAACUGAACGGUGUAUAGAAGCUGUCCAGGUUAUAGAAGAUUGUUGGGACAGAAGUGAGUACAAAGAAGCUUCGAAAGAGUUGGGAAGCCUCUCGCUCCACCUACCCAUCAACUUGUAUAGAGGGUAUGAGCGGCGAAACCAGAAACAACGACAAUGGGAACUAGUUGAAAAAAUCAUCAGGCAGGAGGUGACCGGCCUCUCCGCCUCAGAUAUCACCCAUUUAGUCGACGGCAUUGCAAAGUCCUACCUAUACGACCCUGACCAGUCUCCUGCCCCACUCAUAAAGCUGCUUGACAUAAAGGCCUCCAGAGGGGACACGCAGCUACGUCGUAUGAUUGGUGUUGCAUUGACCAUCGGGUACGUUUCGAAGCAUGAUAACGGUGGUGGAGGCGCUGCCCCAGAUAGUGCAUCCUGCUCGAAGCAAGCCAGGAAGAUCUACAUCGACCUGACCACUACACGACCAAAGUAUGAUGGAUGGGAUGAUUCCAAUCAGCUGUUGCUCUAUGGACUGCUUGGCGCAUUGCUUACCUGCUCAGAGUCGGGAGACAGUGACGAUGCCAAGGCAAUCAUAGAUGCCUUAUAUAACGACAAAUAUCAAAUACUCCGGACUAAUAAUCUCCAUGAAUAUCUGAAGCUGCCGCAAGAUCCAAUAGCAAUUUUGAGCAAGUUCAUUGCCCCGGGUACGCUCUCAGACACUCACAAUGCUCCCCCAACCAUCAUGGCGUCCUCUCAUGCUGCUGAUGACGUUACGCUCGAGAUAGGUGAUGCUCUGCCCACAGCUGCUCUCGGAUUACAUGGAGAGUCUUCCAGCCACGUCAGGAUGUAUCUCGACGACUCGAACAGCCUGAAGCUCACCAUAUGCCUGCUCAGUUUUGCGCAAGGCGUAUCUAGAACAUAUUAUUAUCGAUCUUCAUCUGACCCGUGGAAGCCCGCAGAAGAUACACUGCACUCAGCCAUUGACGCAAUCAUUCGAUCCGACCUUCACAUCCGCGCAUACCACACCAUCCAAUCACAUACCAUCCAAUCACAUACCAGUGAUCUUGUCCCGCAUUGCAUGUCCUUUCUCUGGUGGUUUGCAUGGGCACUACUUGAUAAAUGCCCCUACUACAAAAGGUCAAGAGCGCUGGAUAUACCGUCGAUACUUGGGCAGAUAGGUGCUCCUGAAGGGGACGUACCUGAGUAUGUCGAUGGGAUGGGGUAUACUAAGAGUUGGAUCGAAAAAAUACGGCUGGUUCGCGAACAAAGUCCACAGAGCGUAUUGGACAGUCAAAUUCUGGAUGGGAUGAUACUUCACUACGACGUCAAUCGUGAAAGGGACCAUGGCCCAGGCACAGCAGAGGCGUCCGGGUCCGAGCCUCCCACGACCUGGCUUACCAUUCUACGGCACUUAAAAAAGGCUUGCGAAGAUAAAGUAGCCGAGUCAGGCCAGAAGGUCGACCAAGGCGGUCAGGAACAGGAAGCGCCCCUAGCUGAGGGUGCGGCCGACGGUUUGGUUGCGGAGAGUGCCGCUGCAGCAGCCCCAGAUGGCGAACCAAAAGACGGCCAAGACACAACCCAAGAAAUGCGCCUGGAUUGCCUUCCACCAGAAGUGCUGGAGUAUGCGCCAUCAGAUAUGUGGCUGUCGCCCGUGUCGGAGCCGAGCGACCAGGGUCGAAUGGAAGGCGUAGGGCACGAGUAG